CAUGGGCUCUGUAAUGCAGCUCUUAGCGUUGCUUUCAGUGUAUGCUCUGUGUUUAUUUCGAGUCUCAGCAGACGCGCAAUGCAACGGAGCAGAAAGAAAAGCCCUGCUGAAAAUCAAGGCAGCCAUAACACAAGACCCGGCUGGCGUCCUGAACUCGUGGGGAAGAGUACCCGACUGCUGCAACGGCAAUUGGAAGGGAGUGGGCUGUGAUGUCAACACUGGCAACGUAACAAUGAUCAAUCUGUCCCCCCCGAUCUCCAACGCCACCCUGUACAUGGCCGGUACGCUCUCCAAAUCCAUCGGCGAUCUCACGGAGCUUGUCUUCCUCCGUCUUACGAUGUGGCAAAAAAUCACCGGAAAAAUUCCCAAUUCAAUCGCCCCCCUUCAAAAUCUCAACCAGCUCAAUCUAUCGGAAAACGAUUUCAUCGGCAAACUGCCGUCAUGGAUAGCCAGUCUGAGAAAGCUGACGGAACUCAGCCUGGGCGGGAACAGGCUACGGGGGAUCAUCCCACCGGCCAUUACAACGAUGAGCAACCUGGAGGGGCUGGAACUCGAAGGACACCGGAUAACCGGCACAAUCCCCUCGGCAAUGGGGAAUCUGAGCCGCUUGUAUAUAGUCAGACUGAACAACAAUCUCUUAUACGGUUCACUGCCCGAAUCAAUCAGCUCUAUCCAACCGCUCUAUCUGCUGGACGUCUCGUAUAACGGGCUUGUGGGUAGCAUUCCUUCAUCUUACGGGAACCUUUCGUCUCUUAUUUGGCUGUACUUGAAUAACAACAAGCUGACCUACACAAUUCCUUCCUCGCUCGGUCGUCCGAGAAAACUGGCGAGGCUGGAAUUGGAGGAUAACCAGCUGACGGGCUACAUCCCGGCAUCCCUGGGCAACCUUUCAAUGUUGAGUUAUCUGGAUCUUUCCAGAAACUUUCUGGAAGGCCCUAUCCCGGCCUCUUUUUCUCUCUUGACCUAUCUGUUUACUUUCAAGGUCUCCGGAAACAGGCUCACGAACCCACCUCCAUCUCUGCCUUCACUUCCUCCCUUCUUGGACUUGUCUUCCAAUGAAUUCAAGCUUGGUAAUUCUAUUCCCACCUGGAUCUCAAAUUCGAGCUACGGGGUCGAGAUCAGUUUGGCUGGGUGUGGGAUAGACAUGCGGCUCGAGGACUGGACGGCCACCCCGUUCUUCAUUUUGCUCGAUCUCUCUGCCAACAAUAUCAGAGGCCGUGCAGUCGAGUUUUCCGAGGCCACGACGUUCUUGCGCCACGCCAAUUUGUCAAACAAUCAGCUCAGCUAUGACUUCUCCAGUGGAGUCAAUUUCUCCCGCUGGUUGCAGACGCUUGAUCUCCAUUCCAAUAAGCUGUAUGGAAGCAUUCCUGCUUCUAUUGCCAGGUUGACUGAUUUGAAGACUUUGGAUCGGUCAAAGAAUGGGCUUAGUGGAAAAAUUCCCGGGGAGAUGUUAAAUCUAAGGAAUCUGAGCCAGCUGAACGUGAGCUAUAAUAACCUGUGUGGAGAAAUUCCUCAAGGGAAGCCGCUGAACGAGUUCCCCGUGUCUUCGUAUUCACAGAAUAAGUGUCUUUGUGGAUUGCCUCUUGGGCCUUGUUAG